GACCCACAUAGUGCAUUUAGUAAACAUGCAUUGUCGUGUUGAGUCCGACGCAAACUCUUCAGCCGAUUCAAACCACUGCAUGCGGUUGCCAGUCAGUGUAUUAUAGUGCACACUUAUAAACGCAUCGUUGGCUCUUAUCAGCAGGCAAUGGUGGACAUAUUCGCCUUCAGUCCUACAACUGUGUUGCUGUGUGUGGCUGUGCUAGUUUUGUUGUGGCUGUUAACGCGGCGACCCUCUGGGCUCCCUCCCGGUCCCCCUCUCCUCCCGUUUGUGGGGAAUGUCCUCUCCAUGGGCUCCGAUCCCCGGAUCACGUUUAAGAAACUCAGGCAACAAUAUGGGGACAUCUUUAGUGUGUACAUAUUCAACACACCAGUCAUCGUCCUCAACGGCUACAACGUCUUGCGAGACGCCAUUGUAAAGAAUGCCGACAACUUUUCUGACAGACCUCACUCACUGCUGAACGACUUCAUUGCGCAAGGGAAAGGUAUAACUGGAACCUCUGGAGAACUCUGGCGCGAGCAAAGACGAUUCGCCCUUAACACUCUCAGGGAGUUCGGAGCAGGCAGGAAUACCAUGGAGGACAAAAUACACGAGGAAAUCUCACAGUUUCUCGAGGCCUUCGAGACAGAACGGGGACAAGGCUUCGACUGCACACAUCUGGUGCACAACGCAGUGUCGAAUGUCAUCUGCUCUAUUAUUUUCGGCAAACGAUUUGAAUAUACUGACCCGCUUUUUAUUACAUUUUUAAAAGCCAUGGACGAAGGUUUGGCAAAUAUGGGCUCGGCUGGAGUAGUGAAUGUGCUGCCUAUUGUGCGCUUUCUGCCAGGAGAUCUAUUCAAAUUUAAGAAGACAAUGCAGAAUGUCAAGAAAGUCGAAUCACUGUUAAUAGACCCUAUGACAGAGCAACACGUGAAGAAUCACGACGAUGACAAUGUGGACGACUUCAUCCACGCCUACAUCAAGGAAAUGAGACUUCGCAAAGCGAAAGAAGAGGACACGACCUUAGACUUGGAGAACCUGAAAAAGGCUAUCGCAGACCUCUUUGUGGCCGGAACAGAAACAACAGCUACUACAAUACGAUGGACCAUGGUCUACUUACUCCGCUACCCGGAAAUACAGGAAAAGUGUUUUCAGGAGAUCAAAGAAAACAUUGGCCAGAGUAGACGUCCCUCCAUGAAGGACAAGAUUAACCUGCCCUACGUGGAGGCAACCAUUUUGGAAGUCUUGAGACGAGCUGAUAUCGCCCCUACAGCUCUCCCACACACCGUUCCCCACGAUGUCCAGUUCAGGGGCUACACGUUCCCAAAAGGUGUCUUGGUCAUAUUGAUGCUUGAUUCCGUCCUACAAGACCCGGAUGUGUGGGGUGACCCAGACAACUUUCGACCUGACCGUUUCCUUGAUGACAAUGGCAAGAUAGUAAAGAAAGAUGAGUUUAUUCCAUUCUCUCUGGGUCGAAGAGUGUGUCUGGGCGAGUCCAUGGCCCGGAUGGAGUUGUUCCUCUUCCUGACCACCAUGAUCCAGAGGUUCAAGUUUGUCCCGGUGGAUGGUCAGAUGCCUUCUUCGAAUGGAAUCAUCGGCUUAAGCCAUUCUCCAAGACCAUUCAUCAUGAAAGCCAUUUCCAGAGUUUAAUCAUUUUAUGUGAGUGAGUGGGUAGCAACUAUCCAGCAAGAAACUGAGGGUGUUUAACUAUAAAUGAUCCUGAGAUU